AUGCGUGCCCUGCCAGCCCUGGACGCGCCUCAGAAUGAGAGGCUGGUGAUCGAGGACCCCAAGGCCCCCCGGGCCCGGGAUGCGGCGGUGCCGGCACGCAGGAGCGCGGUGGAGAGACUGGCUGCCGACCGCGCCAAGUACGUGCGGGGCCCACCGGGAGGCGGCCCGGGCCCUGCCCCAGAAGGCAGCAGCCCCAGGACGUGCGAUGGGACUGCAGGCGACCCUCGGUCCCCGGCCCGCGUCCCCGGUGUCGUGGCGCGCAGGGCCAUAGCGCGGAAGCCUCUGAGGCCUGACUCGCUGGUCAUCUACCGGCAGAAAUGCGACUUCGUCCGAGUACAGGGCGCCAACAGCUCCAUGGGGGGCCUGGUGCGGAAGCUCUUCCAGGGACCGGGCAAGGACAAGACGCCGGUGCCUCCGGAGACGUCCCGGGUGGGAGAGGAGGUCAGGGCCAGGACGGAGGAGGCUGUCCCGCCCGAGCCCGGCUCUAUGGCGGCCUCCGCGGCCCCCGGCGUCCUCUCCCCCCCGGCGCCUCGCGCGCCCCCCGCGCGCCUUGGGACGCCCCCCAGAGCCCGGGCUGAGCCCCGGGGCCCGGAGCUGCUCGGGACUAGGCGCGGGGGCCUGCAGCGCUCACAGUCAGACCUCAGCUCCCGCUACUCCGCGACCUUGUCGGAAUCUGACACUUUCUUCCAGUUCUGCGGCUUGGAACCCGAGGUGGUGGAGGCUCUCGGGAGGGAGAACUUCUCCGCGGGGUCGGACCGCGUCACACUCAAGGUUCGCAGCGUGAGCGUUGCCACCUCCGACAGCGGCUUCUCCAGGCACAGCGGCGGCGAGGAGGGGCUGCAGGAGGAGGAGCUGACCGAGCAGGUGCCCAGUACCACCUCGGUUGUCGACAGGAACGCCCGCAUCAUCAAGUGGCUGUACACCUGUAAGAAAGCCCGGGAGACGCCUGGCCAGGGGCUGCAGGGCCCGGCGUGACCGCUCGCGGUCUUGGGAGACUUGGACCCCAGGAAGCAAGGCCUCCUGACUGUGGGGGCUCCUGGAAGUAUGUUAUGGAUGACUGGGGACCUCCAGCCAUCCUCACUGCCACAGGGUUUGACCAAUGCAUCCAGAUGGCUGCUUGAUUGCUGUUUCCCCAGGAAUAAAGCAUCCCAUUGAAGAAGUUUACAUAAUUCAGAAGCGUUGAAAUGCUACGGAGAAGAAGGGAACAUGGAAGUUGGAAAUUAGCUGAGCUGUAGUUGCGAAGACACAGCUGAAGCUCUGGGAAAUAUUUUCUUGCUUGAGGUAGACUUAUCCUUGCAUCCAGAGGGCAGCAGAGGAGGGGAAAACUGCCUGGAAAUAUUUUCAGGAGCAUCUUUUUGACUGGCUUACUGACAACGAGGUGCCACGAUGAAUUUGAAUAUCUAAACUUACUUUAAAAAGAAAAAGGGCAAAGAGUAUGAAAAUGAAGCAUGAAUAUUAUAGUAUUUACUGCUUUCAAUCAGACUGGAUUGUUUGGCACCAAUUAAAUCAAAUUUCUGUAAUCA